CAGGCCGUUACAUAAAUAAAUAAAAACACUAUGUGUCAUUCAAUCAUUCAUUCAUCAAUCGAUUUGAGCGUCACCAUCCGGCGAUUUUCGGCUUCGGCCAUUUUGAAUUUGACCGUCUCCUUAAGCUCACGGUUCAACGAUGGCGGACGCAGCUCCAGCCGGUGGCCGUGGCGGUUUUCGCGGUGGCUUUGGAUCUCGUGGUGGCGACAGAGGCCGUGGCGGGCCACGUGGACGCGGCCGAGGUCGUGGUCGUGGCCGCGGACGCGGAAAGGAAGACCAAAAGGAGUGGGUGCCAGUGACCAAACUGGGACGCCUGGUGCGUGAAGGAAAGAUCGACAAACUCGAGAGUAUAUACUUGUUCUCCCUGCCCAUAAAAGAGUUCGAAAUCAUCGACUUCUUCCUUGGUGCAUCAUUGAACGAUGAAGUAUUGAAAAUUAUGCCAGUACAGAAGCAAACCAGAGCCGGUCAGCGUACACGUUUCAAGGCGUUUGUGGCCAUUGGAGACAACAAUGGUCACAUUGGUCUCGGCGUCAAGUGCAGCAAAGAAGUCGCGACUGCAAUUAGAGGUGCCAUCAUAUUGGCCAAAUUAUCAGUCCUGCCUGUCCGAAGAGGUUACUGGGGUAACAAGAUCGGAAAGCCCCAUACUGUACCAUGCAAGGUCACUGGCAAGUGUGGUUCCGUAACUGUAAGGCUGAUCCCAGCUCCCCGUGGUACUGGAAUUGUGUCGGCCCCAGUUCCUAAGAAGUUGCUCCAGAUGGCUGGAGUACAGGAUUGCUAUACAUCAGCGCGUGGUUCCACUGGCACUCUUGGAAACUUCGCUAAGGCUACUUAUGCGGCUAUUGCCAAGACCUACGCCUACCUAACUCCAGACUUGUGGAGAGACAUCCCACUAACCAAGUCUCCAUACUCUGAAUUCAAAGUCUAAACAUUAAAUAAAUGUUUGAAUACUA